AAACGAUAAUAAAUGAGUCAAUUGGUGACCAUUAAGAUGAUGGCCAACACUGACCGGCAAGUGUUGGCUCAUUUUGGCUCUACGGGAGUUCCGGCUGAUGCCGAUUAUAAACUUAAAGCCGAUGACAACAAAGCGUCUAAAUUGCAUGUCUUGGACGUCAAUACAAACAUGAAUUUUGUUGGCCAGCAGUCGGGAACCAAAGCGUCUGAAUAUUACAUCGGUGUCCGCAAAGGUAAUGUUCUCGAAGUUUAUCCCGUGUCGAUGUAUCGCAUGAAAGCCGUUGUCGAGUCCAAUGAACGGACACAGAUCUCCUCACAGGCCUCAAUGACUUUCAAAGAACAAUUAGAAGAAAUGAAAGAGAAAUUUGGUUCCCGACGGACACAAAGACAACUGGCCAGCAAACGAAAGUAUGCCAUCGAGUUUGGCGAAGAAGAUGUCGAACACAUUGAGACACAAACCAAAGAAGUUGAGACAAGUAUUAAUGAAGUGAAACCAAAACGAAAUAUCGAUAUUCUUCCCCAACAAACACGAGACGCGAUUUCUGUCGAAGAAGUCUAUGAUAUGAAUGAAAUAAUUAUUGAAAACGAAAGGUUUAUUCUGAAACAAUAUGAAGAGGAAAUGUUUGCUGCGAUUGACAAUACAUUUAUCAAAUUUUUGUUGUCUUCUUCAAACAAUUCCGAUAGAAAAUUAAUGGCUAUUUAUAUAGAUCUUAUUAUAACAUUAGUUAGUCUGAAAGUACCCGAUUGGAAGAAAUCAGAUCCAUUGCCAUCACUUAAUUCAGACGUUAAAGAUUUUCUAUUUGAACGAUAUAUAACAACAGUACCAAUGGGUCCCAAAAAAGUUAAAUAUUCAUUGAUUAACAAAGAGAAAGAUAGACUACAUAUUUAUGGUAUAAUCUUGAGUUUUAUGCUUUUUAAUUAUAAACCAAUUGAAUUGGAAACACUUCAGAAAGCAUUCAAAAUUCAACCGAAACAACUCAAGAAAUUGGUCGAAAUUAUCGGUUGUUAUAUCGAAUCGAUUAAAAACAUUUCGGGUAUCAAUAGUAAGUUUGCAGUUCUUAGAGUACCACUUAAUGAGUAUAAAGAGGCUAAAGAAACGAGUUUCAGAAGAAAAUGAGUAAAAAUGUGAUAUUUAAUGCUAUAAAUUAUGUAAAUUAUAUAUAUAUUCUGAUUUAA